AUGGAUUUUGAAGACACUGUGAGUUUUAACACCCAGCCAAACGAUCCAACGGCUCAUCUUUGCCAUGAUGAAUACCAAAUCGUCAAGGAUAUUGAAGAAAACAAUGAUCCAUUUCAAAUUUCAUCUCCAAUACAAGAAAAACCAAAUCUCUUACAGUUUACAGCAGCAAGCAUACUACGAGAGUUAGAUAACUAUCAUGAAGACAUCAUAGAAAGGCCUGAUGAAGAAAUUUGUUCUGUAUUCUUUACACAAGGAAGGAAUUUCAUCCGAUCAAAGAGAAUUGACAAAAUAGACGACAUACUAGGUAGCAGCAGCUCAGAUGAAGACGAAGAUGAGGCUACAUUAUUAAGAUUACACGGAUUAAUUGGAGAAAACAGUAUUUUCAUUAACCAACAGCCAUUCGCUGAUGAAAACACAUCAAAUCAAAUACCAGAAAAGUCAGAAGGAAAAGAUGAAAAUCAAAAUCAUGAAACAAUAGAUGAAAAUAGCGGAGAAGAUGAUAAAACGGAAGAAGAAUCACAAAGCUCAUCAAUAGACUCAUCAGAAGAACCAAUAAUCUUAGAAAUUAUUCAAGAAUCUGAAAUAAAUAACAAAAAAGAAGAAAACAAAACAGAAGAGACACAACAAUCUUCUACAGUACCUAAACCAAGAAAGCCUCUUAUUCGUAUAAAGAUUCCUGAGAAUUAUAAAGAAAAAACUGAAGAAGAACAUCAAACAACAGAUGAAUCACAAGAAAUUCACAACGAAUCUUCUCAGGAGUCGACUUCUGAAAGUUCCCAAGAUAUGUCAGAGCCAAACGACCAAAUAAGCGAAGAAAAACCAUCGGGAAGUUCAUUGGAGGUCCGUAAAGUGCAGACACAAAAGAAAAGAGCGUUGCCAAACGAAUCAAAUAUGUUGGUAAAAGAUGGAAAGUGUUACACAUCAAAAAUAGUAAAAUAUGGUCUAAAGAGGUGGUUGUAUGAACAUAAAAAUCAUCCUUAUCCGACUGCUCGUGAAAAAGAUGAAUUAUGUUCAACAUUUGGAGUGACAAGGAAGUAUUUGGACACUUUCUUCAGGAACUCAAGACUUAGACAGGAUUUUUACCCAGUGAAAAGGAAACGUCGCAUUUGA